CUAUCAUAUGCCAGACAGCAACAGCGACAAACAUAACUCCUCUUUCUCUGUGCCGCCUUCUCCUCACCUCCCUAUCCUGGUCAAGCGGUUCUCUGAAACCUGACGCCGCUCCGCCAACAAUCUCGAGACGAUCCUCGAUCCGACUUUCCACACCCACACACAUACACAACCUGCCUUUCUCUUCUCGACAAUUCCGGCCAUCAUAUCGUUCCCUACACCCAUUCCUCACUCGAAAAUCAUUUGAUACCGACCUCGACGAAAAGUCUCCAUCGCUCUCCAAGACUGAAUUUAUCCCACGAACCAUCAUCUCCACUCGAUCCCGUGUCAGCUGGUGUGCGAGCAUUAAAAGGGGGAGCUAGGCAUACCGCAUACAUUCGUCAUCUCCGCCUUCAGCCUCCGACCUCAUCGCAUAACAAACGUCAAUCUGCUCGCCCGAACGCGUCCGGACGUACAAUCCAUCUCAAAGGGGGGCGAGGUUUCCAACCCUGUCCAAUACGGUUUUUUUCAUCACCUGCAAGCUUGCAUCGUGGGUCUUGAGUCCUCUGCAUAAUUGAGUUGAAAACCACAUUGCGAAGUCUGGCUGCCCACGAUGAGGGAAGUCAACUUUAGCAUCCCAAACGUCAAUAAGGCGUCGGUGGCCAUCACCACCGCGCUCUAUGACCGGCGGGCUCUCGACUGCACCUCGACCCUGCCUCUGAUUAACUCCCUCAACCACCUCGCCUACCUCACCACCUCCUCUGCCCGCAUCCGGGAUAUUUUGACCGUUGAUGGAGGUAUCGAGCGACUGGUCUGCAUCCUGAAACAAGGAAGGAGUAAGGACAUGAUGGACAUGUGGAAAUGGAACUUGGCAUUCCAGUGUGUCGUCAACAUAGGUGUCAGGGGCACCGAGGGUGUUCGGACUCGAGUCGUCGAGGCUGACAUGGUCCCUGUCAUUGCCACCAUCCUCGACAACUACAUUAAGGUUACAGACAAGCUGCGAGAGAAGGAAGAAAAGAAGAAGCAGCUGCGAGACCAUCCACAUCGGUCCAGAGGUCACGACCACAAUGGUGUCUCCAAGUCGGGCAGUUUCUCAAACCGUGCCGCGCAUCCAGACAUCAAUCACAGAAUCUUCCGGCGAGCAGCUCCUCCGCCAAUCGAGGUUCCUGCCGUUGAAGCCCCUGCAGCAUUGCCAUUCACCGCCAGUGGCCCAUCUACCGCGAUGGAUGUCGGCCCACAAUCCUCUGCCGCCUCGACGGCGACUUCUCAACCCCCUAUCACCUCACCUCCAGAACACACGACAUCUUUCCACCUACACCGACAUCACCACCACCAUCCUAGAGAGCGAGACAUCCGCAACUUUGCCGUCACCCCUCCGCCUCGUCAACUUCUCCAGCCGCUGGCCCAGACGCCGGUCGCUAUGGACUCGGAUGGUUUCCUGAGACCGGUACGGGACAUUGACAGGCUGGCAUCCAUGGGGCCCUUUGGCCAACCUCAGUUGUCCUCCCAGCCGACAUCCCCCACAACCCCUCUUCCUCUGCCGCAGAUUAGGUCUCCGACUGUUCGGCCCUCCUCGGGCUUGGGGCAGGCUUCGAGGCCUCGGAGGCGCCCGUCAAUACGACAACAGCAUUCCACUGCAGAGUCGGACGACCUGAACGGUGACAGCAUGCAGUCCGAUGAGGCUCCCGAAGCUGACAUUUCGGGUCCUGCCGAUAUUCAGGAGGUCGGGAUCCAGGAGAUCGCCAUGGAGGAGGGCGACAGCAUCAUGACUGGAUCACGGAUUGACCUGGAUGAUACACCCAACGACUCAGACCCUCAGGAGCCUGGGACGUUCAACAUCACGCACCGCACGCCAAUCGACGGAAGCAUCAUCAACCCCACCCCUGCAGUUGCCCCUGGGCCAUUGCUCGGUCUUUCCCCCAACAGGCCGGCCAUGGUCACCCCUCCACAGCCCACGAUGCCCAGCGCCAGCGUCCCUCACUACCUGCUUGGCCGCCAGAUGACCCCGAACCCCCAAAUGCUUGCUGCGAUGCCUCGCGAGGAGGACGUCCUCAUGUCACUUCAGCUUCUCGCCUAUGUCUCGAAAUACUGCAACCUGCGCACCUACUUCCAGAAGAGCCAUCUGGUACCGAGACUGAAGAUUGGCAAGGAGAUCUCAGCUCUGGACAGCGAAGACGCAGCCAUGGACGUCGACGAAGAAGAGGAGUUCGAAGAAGAGUAUCUCCUGCCCAACGACCUCAACAUCUUCCCCCUGGUUGAGAAGUUCACUGUCCGCUAUCAUAGUACGGACAUGCAGUACUGGGCUGGUGUCGUCAUGAGGAACCUGUGCCGAAAAGAUGAUACGCGCGGCGGCAUCCGUCAAUGUGCAUACUACCAAUGUGGAAAAUGGGAGGAGUAUACCAGGCAGUUUGCGAAGUGCAGGAGAUGCCGACGGACCAAGUACUGCAGCAAAGAGUGCCAGAAAAGUGCCUGGGCUUUCCACCGGCACUGGUGCGUCGCGGCGACGCAGUGAUGAGAUACCCCCCCAAUUGCGGAACAAUUUCCUCUUUUAUUUUUAUUUUUUUGGGCUUUGCGUGGAACGAAAAUGACUCCAUGUUCCAUUCAGCUGUGCAGGUUGAAGCUGAGUAACACGACCGUCAUAAUGUUUACUUUUUCUUGUUCUUUCUUUGACGCAGCGGAAUGGCGUGGCAUGGCGUAGCAUGGCAUGGGUUCCUCUUUUUGCCUUUCUCUAGUCUACUUAGGUUGUCCAUUUUCUGGUCUCAACAACUCAUUAUCAUCAGCAUUGCGACACACACACAGACACACGCGCAUAUCAUGUGGUUCCCUCUCCUUCCUGUCUCCUGCGAUGAAAAUUUCCAAGCAAUACUUAUUUACAGGCGUCUCUUUUCGUCAGACCCUGUCUCGUGAUACCAAAUGGAAAGGAGAGGGGGGGGACGUGGUGGUGGUGGAGGCGGUUCGAAAUUGAUUUGGCCUUGGAAAUCGGGAUGGAUAAAUCAAUGUCCCUGUUGAUGGCGGCAUUGUUUUCGUAUACUACUUUGAAACUUCCUUUCACACGUGAGCUCUUGGGAGGGGAAAGGAAGGCCAGCUAGCUCUCUUGAAUACACAACCUUUUCUCUGGAUG